UGCACUUUCGCCGGGCACGUACGGCCGGGGCAGUUGGUCAGUGGGCUUGUGUGGGCUACCUGGCUCGGGUCUGGAGGGAGGGACCAUGGACGGCUCCUUCGUCCAGCACAGCGUGAGGGUUCUGCAGGAGCUCAACAAGCAGCGGGAGAGGGGCCAGUACUGCGAUGCCACUCUGGAUGUGGGGGGCCUGGUGUUCAAGGCACAUUGGAGUGUUCUUGCCUGCUGCAGCCACUUCUUCCAGAGCCUCUACGGGGAUGGCUCAGGGGGCAGUGUCGUCCUCCCUGCGGGCUUUGCCGAGAUCUUUGGCCUCCUGCUGGACUUUUUCUACACCGGCCACCUCGCCCUCACCUCGGGGAACCGGGAUCAGGUGCUCCUGGCAGCCAGGGAGUUGCGAGUGCCAGAGGCUGUGGAGUUGUGCCAGAGCUUCAAGCCCAAACCCGCGGUGGGACAGCCACCAAGUGGCCAGAGUGGACUUGGGAAACCUGCCCCCCGGGAUGUGAACAGCCACCCCAAGGAGUCCGCGGGUGUGGAGAAGGAGGAAGUUUCAAGGACUCUGGGUCAAAUCCCCAGGGAUUCGGAGCUCAGCGGUAGUCUCAGUCCCCAGAGGUCCCGGCUUGGCCUCCCUGCUCAGAGUGAGAGCCCGUCCUUUCUCCGUGGGAAACUCAAGCAGGCCCUGAAGCUCUGUCCCCCUGGGGACAAGGAGCCUGAGGAUUGCAAAGUGCCCCCAAGGCCCUUCGAAGCUGAAGGUGUCCAGCUGCAGGGCGGGACUAAUGAGUGGGAGGUGGUAGUUCAAGUUGAGGACGACGGGGAUGGCGAUUAUGUUUCUGAAACUGAGACUGUUCCGACCAAGAGGAAAGCAAAUGUAAUCAGAAAGCCCUGUGCUGCCGAGCCAACCCGGAGUGCAGGUUCCCUGGCAGCCAAGCCUGCUGGGAACAGAAAAGGUACAGCGGUGCCAGUUGAAUGCCCCACAUGUCAUAAAAAGUUUCUCAGCAAAUAUUACCUAAAAGUCCACAACAGCAGGAAACACACUGGGGAGAAACCCUUUGAGUGUCCCAAAUGUGGGAAGUGUUACUUCCGGAAGGAGAACCUCCUGGAGCAUGAAGCCCGGAACUGCAUGAACCGCUCAGAACAGGUCUUCACGUGCUCCGUGUGCCAGGAGACAUUCCGCCGGAGAAUGGAGCUGCGGGUGCACAUGGUGUCCCACACGGGAGAGAUGCCCUACAAGUGCUCCUCCUGCUCCCAGCAGUUCAUGCAGAAGAAGGACCUUCAGAGCCACAUGAUCAAGCUGCAUGGAGCCCCCAAGCCCCAUGCGUGUCCCACUUGUGCCAAGUGCUUCCUGUCCCGGACGGAGCUGCAGUUGCAUGAGGCGUUCAAGCACCGUGGGGAGAAGCUGUUUGUGUGCGAGGAGUGCGGGCACCGGGCAUCAAGCCGGAAUGGCUUGCAGAUGCACAUCAAGGCCAAGCAUAGGAACGAGCGGCCGUACGUCUGUGAGUUCUGCAGCCACGCCUUCACCCAGAAGGCCAAUCUCAACAUGCACCUGCGCACGCACACAGGCGAGAAGCCCUUCCAGUGCCACCUCUGUGGCAAGACCUUCCGCACCCAAGCCAGCCUGGACAAGCACAACCGCACCCACACUGGCGAGAGGCCCUUCAGCUGUGAGUUCUGCGAGCAGCGCUUCACGGAGAAGGGGCCCCUGCUGAGGCACGUGGCCAGCCGCCACCAGGAGGGCCGGCCCCACUUCUGCCAGAUCUGCGGGAAGACCUUCAAAGCCGUGGAGCAGCUGCGUGUGCACGUGAGGAGACACAAGGGGGUCAGGAAGUUCGAGUGCACCGAAUGUGGCUACAAGUUCACCAGGCAGGCCCACCUGCGGAGGCACAUGGAGAUCCACGACCGGGUGGAGAACUACAACCCCAGGCAGCGCAAGCUCCGGAACCUGGUCAUUGAGGAUGAGAAGAUGGUGGUGGUGGCGCUCCAGCCGCCCCCCGACUUGGAGGUGGGCUCAGCUGAGGUCAUCGUGGAGUCACUGGCCCAUGGUGGCCUGGCAUCGCAGCUCCCUGGCCAGAGACUGUGUGCUGAGGAGAGCUUCACAGGUGCGGGCGUCAUGGAGCCCUCGCUCAUCAUCACGGCUGCCAUCCCCGAAGACUGUGACACAUAGCCCCUCACCCAAGUGAGCGGUUCACUUGGCCCCAGCCCCCAAUAAACCACAGGGCUUUGGACUCGA